AUAGCCACAAAGCUUAAUUCGCAGAAUUUUGGCAAAGUAUGAGCCGAAUUCUUGAUAUGCACCAUUGUCGUCCGACUCCUUCAUUGAUGUUCUUCACAUGUAAAUCACAGGAUUCUAGUGGCAAUUAUGUUAAAUUGAAGAAGAAAGGAACCGUAACAUCUUCAAUACAAGCAAAUAGUUCAGAGGUGGGGUUGGGUCAUAGAACUGAUAGAGGUUCACUUUCACAUAAGGUCAAAGAAGAUGAUGUGAAGGCAUUUGAUGCACUUCCUCAUGUGAGAUAUCUUAGUGAGUUUCAAAAGGAUGAACUUAUGGGAAAAGUAGUCAUGGUCAGGUUCGAUUCUAAUGUCUUACUUGGAGAAAAGCAGGACCAACAGGCCAAAGUAUUCAUUAGCGCUCUUUCGACCAUCAAGUACUUGCAUGAAGCUGGUGCAAAGGUGAUUCUAAUGAGUAGUUGGUCUGUUAAAACCAAUUCAAAGCUUCUUUCAGCAGAAUCUGUUUCAGCAUAUCUGUCUUCCAUUCUCAAACUAAGAGCUAUACCGAUGAAGUCUUUUCCUGGAUAUGAGCAGCCUACGAUGGAAGACUCCCUGAAACCAAGUAUUUAUCUUCUAAAAAAUCUUUCUCAAUUCAAGGAGGAUCUAGCAAAUAAUUCAAGAUUUUCUGAAGAGUUAUGCUCAGGGGUUGAUAUCUUUGUAAAUGAUGCAUUUUUCCAGUCACAUAAGGUUCUUGCCUCAACUGUUGGUGUGACAUCUUUCUGUUAUACCUCUGUUGCUGGUUUCCAGUUUGAGGAGGGUCUAAUACAACUCGAGAAGGCAUUUGUGACAAAAAGGAGUCCAUAUAUUGCUAUGGUUGGGGGAGGUAACCUUGUAGAAAAAUCAGCUGCCGUGCACUAUUUAGUUUCUAGCUGUGAUGGGUUGGUGUUUGUUGGAAAUAUGUCAUUUCAAAUAAUGCAUGCUCUUGGAUUACCAGUACCUAAAAAGUUGGUGGAGGUUGGAGCAUUUAAUGAAGCUAUUAGGAUAAUACGAAUUGCAAAUUCUAGGAACAUUCCCAUCUUGUUUCCAAAAGAUUUUUGGUGCCUAAAUGAUCAUCUUAAGAAGCCGCAGCUCGUUCCUACUCAUUGCCUUUUUGAAGGUUGGUCACCUGUUGGUCUUGGGCCAAAUUCAUUGGAAGAAAUAACCGCCUUGCUUUCGAAGUCUAAGAAAAUUGUGUGGAUCGGUCCAGUUAAGUUUGGCUUGUCAAUUCAAGAUAGUUAUGGGACCUCAAUAUUGGCAAAACUAUUUGGAAAACUAAGUCAAGGAAACUGUGAUGUUACGGUUGUUGGUAAUAUGGCAUGCAAAGCUUUAAUGGAGGAAACAUCGGUUUCAUCAGGCUGCAACGUCAUUGAAAAUGCUUCGAUUGUAUGGGAGUUUCUUAAGGGAAGAAAUCUUCCUGGGCUUAUGGCCUUGGAUAGAGGAUACCCGUAUAGCAUUGAUUGGCAUGCAAUUUUUGAUGAUCCAGCUCGACCUUUGCUAGUUGAUAUUGGAAGCGGUAAUGGAUUGUUUCUCUUCGGAAUGGUGAGAAAGAUGAAGGACAUGAAUUUUCUUGGACUGGAGAUGAACGGGAAGCUCGUAAAGCGUUGCCUGGAAACUGUUCGUCAAUCGGGCUUAAAGAACGGAUACUUCAUUGAAACAAAUGCAACGUCAACAUUUCGCUCAAUUGUUUCGGGUUAUCCUGGUGAACUAGUUCUUGCAUCAAUACAGUGUCCAAACCCCGACUUUAAUAGACCAGAACAUAGGUGGAAAAUGGUGCAGCGUUCGCUCAUUGAAGCCAUUAGGGAUCUGCUUUCCCUGGAUGGGAAGGUGUUUCUUCAAUCUGAUAUAGAAGCUGUUGCAUUGAGGAUGAAACAACAAUUUCUGAAAUACGGCAAUGGGAAGUUCACCAUCGAUCACCAAGAAGAAUGGUUAAAAGAAAACCCAUUUGGAGUUGAGUCCGAUUGGGAACAACACGUUCUGCAUCGUGGGCUUCCAAUGUACAGAUUGAUGCUCUCCAAAUCAUUAAGAUAACAACGAUUCAUGCGAUACAUUUGCAUGUUUCUGUAAAACAAUCAAAUUUACGGUGAUUCCAGUUAUUCAGAUUCC